UCGCGAUUGUGUGCCAUCGCGUGCUGCGGUUCUCUUCCAGUGCGGCAAUGGAACCCUUUUUUUACGGCAUUCCGACCGCCCUGUGAACAAUAGUGGCUCCUCAAUGGCUGAAAGGAGCUUGGUGCUUUUCUUAGGUCUCAUAUUUGGGAUGAUCCGGUUAUUUGUUGACGCGGUGUGAGUGCCGUCGGCAGAGUGCCGCAGUCUAGGCCUAGAGCUAGCGCCGAUCACAAGGUGAUGUGCGGUCUUGUGGCGCUAUCGGUGCCGACUUAUCGCUUCUUCUGGCGCACCAGGAUCUGGUGCAUUGUUUGAAGUGCGAUCAGACUUUGGGCGAUCCGGCUGGCCACGAAUUGGAGGCCGCUGCUUCGCCACUGAACGAAACUGGUGUUCGCGGGGGCGUGCCGGGGCUUCUGAUUGCGUGAAGGCUGCUUCGACAAAAAAACGUAGUUCAACAGCUAUGAACCUUCACCAAGUGCUCACCGGAGCAGUCAAUGCUGGAGACCACUGCUACUCUGUCGGCAGCGUCGAAGGCGUUCCCUUCACAGUCUACGGCGCAGGAUGUAAUAUUGUGAUAUUAGCACGGAACUUCGAGAGAGUGCAGAUCAUACCUGGUGUCUGUCAUGGGAACGUGCAAGUUUCCUGCAUAGACUGCUCAACUGAUAUUGGGAAGAUUGCAGCUGCAUAUGGAAAGCAAGUAGCUAUAUUUGAACCGUCACCACUUCUUCAACAAACAUCAUCUCAUAAAUUGGACUACAAAUGGAUUCAAACGGCCAUGAUACAAAUGGACUACUCUGUAUCUGUGCUUUCUUGGAAUUUAGAAGGCACACGUCUACUGACUGGUGGCGAGUGGAUACAGAUGUGGAAAUGCACCUUGAGACCAGAAAACAAUGCCAUGCCCGGGGAAGAGACUGCCAAGGCAGGCCAGCCACAACCGCGCAGCCAUGUCUCUUUCCAAGUUGGAAGCGACGAGGUGGCUCCCACGCUUCCCGACGAGGACACUUCGUGGGACUGCAUUUGGCACUGCAGGACAUCUCAGCCAGUCAGCUUCCUUCGUUUCUCACCAGACGGUACACUGUUUGCAUCUGCGGGAAAAUGUGACCGUUUAGUAAAAAUUUGGCACAACAGUCAGCAUAAAGUGUCUGACCCUGGUGGGAAUACUAGGAUGUCUGUGCAGCAAGUGGAUCGCGGCUGCACCUUUGGCUUUGUAUAUGCGGCCCAUCCCCGAGCCGUGACAGGACUAUCGUGGCGCAAGACCAGCAAGUUUAUGCCCCGAGGUUCAGUUGCAAACAUGCUGGUCACGUCAUGUCGAGACAACAUCUGCCGGCUCUGGGUUCAGACCUUGCUUCCCGAGGAUGGGUUGAUCAAUGUGCAGCAGAUCGAAGCACUUGCCAAUCAGACACCACGACUGCAGACUCAGCGCCACCGGCAACGCAUUCUCCAAAAGCUGCGGCACAUGAAAUCUUUGAAUGAAUACCAAAGGCGGCAAGCGGCUCAAAAUGGAAAGGAAACUCGGGAGACGAUCCCCUCACUUCCAAGCACAUACAGCGUGCAUGACUUUCACAGCUUUGGGCUCCAGGGCUCAGGCGUGGCACCGGGCCUCCAUUUUCAUCUGGCAGCCAGCAUCAAUGCGGAGACUGACAUCCCACUCGUGCCCAGCAUGAGUGGAACAGCAUCGGGACAUGGAGUCCAGGAGCCCAACUUCGUGCUUCAUUGGCUCAACAAUAAGGAGAUGUCGUUCAGCAGUGCCACAGAGCAGCUGAUCCAGGAGCUGAGCCUGAAGGCCCUGCAGGCACGACGGGAGCAGCAGAGGCAGCAGCAGUUGGCAGCCCAGCGAAAGGCCGAAGCGGCGGAGGCUGAAGAGAACCAAGAAGAGGGCAAUGAGCCCGAGGAUCUUGAGGCAGCUGGUGUCUCCAAAACCAGCUGGCAAGGUAGAUCAGGACUGAAAUCACUGAGGCUUGGAAGCGUAACUACUACGACAACACCAGGUGAAGAUGUAGCACCGGGUUCCCAGUCUGCCAAGGCCUUCUCGCCUGCAUCGUCCUCAGCAUCUUUAUCCACUGAGGCAUCUGGCAAGAACGUAGAGCAAUCGCUGGGAAAUGCCCUGGACCACAAGAUAGAGACACUGUUGCGCGAGUGGCACCAGAGCCCCGACCUACUGUUCAGCAUUCAUCCGGUCGAUGGGAGCUUUCUUGUUUGGCUGGUUGACUGGCUGGAUGAGUGCAGUCCUGGGUCGUUUCGCCAGGCCCUGGUGAGCUUCUCGUCGCGCAUCCCGACUGCCAUUCCUCUGGGCGACGCAGCCACUCUGUCGCACCAUUUGGCCCUCUACCUGCCAACGGCUGGCCUCGACCUGCGCACUGUCCUGUCUGGGCUGGGAGCGUGGGCCCUGCCUAGCCCCCUCACACCCGUUGCACCCGUCACCCUCGUGGUUCCACCGCAACCAACACAGCAGCAGGGGUCAUCUGCACAGCAGGCUGAAGAAAAUGAAGAUGCGGAAGACAAACCACGCCCGUUUUGCUGCCAAGCAGCCCCCACACCGAGUGUGUGCAUGCUGUCGAAACACCACAAUGGCUCACUCAACUUGUGGCACCUUACAUUCAGCGAAGAGUCCCACUUCACCCAUGUGCUCAGUAUUGGCCAUGCAGCAAGAGUGUCGGGACAUCGGUUCAGGAUAAACGACAUCACAUGCCAUCCCGUGCUCCCAUUACUACUGACCACGUCGCACCACAACCUGCCCAAAGGGAAGGAGCCCCUGGACGAAGAAGACGAGAAUUCGCAGACUCAGGACUACUUUGACAAGCGGCGCCGUGACAGUGCGCUGGCCCCCGCACCCACGGAGGGCUUCUGCAGUGAGCUAAUCCUCUGGAAAGUGGAGUCUGUGGGGCCUCUUUCCAAGUCUGGUGGUGUUGCCGAGUUGGCACGCAUCAACUCACUCGAGCCAUCUGCCUUCUCGAACGUCGCCUGGGUGCCCACCCUGCUUCCCAGCACGACAUUGGGCAGCAUAUCCAAUUCUCCAAGUGCCUGCUUUGUGGCCUCAGACGGUCUGCAGCUACGAGUGUACCAAGCUGUGAUAGAUGCGCGCACACUCCUUGCCGAGGUGUUGGCAGCAGCUCGCCAGAAGGAUAAUGCUGAUACCAUCAGCCUGUCAAGCACCACGUCAUCAGGAAUGGACAUGCACCAUACAGGGCUUCAGGAGGAGUUUCGCAUUGUCAGCCUCCAAUCCACAGCUCGCCCUGGCUGCAUUGUGGAACUGGACGCCAUUGCAGAUGCUACAAACGACUGGCAGAACACACAGCUGCUACACGUGUUCCAAGAACCGCUCAUAAUGGGUGCGAAGCAGGGAGUGCUUGGCAGCUCAAGUAGUGCUCCGGGAGAGGAGGCACUCGAGAAAAACGUGGGGCUGCUAGAGAGCUCGUUUCAGGCUUUUGUAGAUCUUCGUCACACAACUGUCUUCGAGGAGCCUUUUUAUCUGGUCGUCCUGGAAAAAACGAGCACUGGCCGCACAAUGCUCCACAUGUGGCGUCUCGUCAUCAGCUCCAGGCCAGGUGCCACAGGCAAAGGCCAACAAGAUGGCUCUGCUUUCCCAGAGAAUGUGGCCCAGCCAGAGGACGACGCUGCUUCCAAUGCGUCCUCGCGGAGUGGCAGCCUUGACCACACUGACACUGGACAAGGGGCUCAGCAAACGGGGUCACCUCAUGCCUCACCAUUGCGCAUAACAACUUCCAAGGUGUGCACGCAAGAGCUGCCUCUACCGCACGAUGUAGAAAUUGCUCAUGCAGCACCAGCAGCUGGCCAUGUGAGCUCUUCAAACAUCUACCCAGCUUGCUUUGCCCCAUAUGUUCUUUCCACCGCUUGCACUGAUGGGUUGACAAGGUUUUGGAAAUGCAGAGUGGACUGUGAAGGAGAUGGAACCCCCAACUUUGUGUGGGUGGAGUGGGAGAUGACACUGAACAAGUCAUCCAGUGUCAUUCAGGUUCCUGGCCAGCCCAUUAGUGUCAGCUGUGCAUACAGUGGAAGAGUGGCGUGUGCCUACAAGCGAGGCCACUCUUUCAACCGGCCUGGCUCCAACAACCCAGCUGAUCGUUGUGUCAACCUGGGUGUUGAUUACGAGUGUGAAUCUACUGGUGGCUCUGAAUGGAUACUCGAAGACACAGUGCUUUUGAACAACAUUGGCCUUCCACGUCUAGAUCAGACUGCUCCUGGUGUUGACCUUUGUUCCUUGGUGGACACAACUCUGCGGCAUCGCAAGACUGCCGACUCGCUUGUACAACGCUUGGCCUCAGACGGGGACCUCAGUGGACCACCCAGCUCCCUGCAGCGGCUAUUGUCAGUUCCUAGCUACGCCACGCUGCACACGCUGCGUAGGGCAGUGAUUGAGCAGGGAAACCAGUGCCCCCUUGUGCACAAGUCGCUCAUUCAGCUGGAUUGGGUUUCCUCGGAGGACGGCUCGCACGUCCUCACUGUGGCCGUUGGCUCUCGUAUCCUCCUCUUUGCACCCGUGGCAAAGGAUGUCAUCCAACAAGGUGGAUCUGGCCUGGAACCUUCGUCCCUGACCUCUGGUGCACCACGGCCCCUGCUGAAGCAAGUAUCCUCGCUGGCUGCACCCGUCGCAUCUACAGGGGCAGCUGAAGCAGUGCGCUGGCUUCAGAUCAGGUGCACACGUCUGGAGACAGCCGAUGGCCUACCUCCCCUGCCAAUGCAACUGUCCUGGGUUCGUGAUGGCAUUCUUGUCGUCGGUAUGGACAGUGAAAUGCACAUCUACUCUCAGUGGAGGCCUCAGAAGGGAUCUCCGAAGGGUCUAAAGAACAACCUCAUGCCCUCGGCAGCAGAAGACGAGAACAUCUGCAAGGUUCGCAUGUUGCCGGAGGAAGAGCUGCUCAGCAGGGUUCAGGAGCUGUCGCAGUUGCGGCUCGGGGCCGGCCCAUCUCUUGGGCUGGCACGCAAUGCUUCAUCUUCAUCUGCCCAAGCUAUGGACAAGAAAAAAAUGCGUGGCGAGACAGCGGUGCCUGCUGUCUCCCGUGGAGCAGCAGCUGCAAAGGAGUCAGAGACAACGGUCGUGGGUCCAAUGCCUGACCUGGGCCUGUUUGAGACUUGCCGGCUGGCUUGGCCGAUGCUUCCUCAGUAUCAUCCAAAGCAGCUCAUGGAGCUCUUGGGCUUUGGGAAGAUUCGGAGAGUCAAGGCCAUCCUUAGCCACCUGGUGCGCUGCGUCUCCAAGUCGGGACAGGCACCUGGAGGCAUCGUUGCUGGUGGCAAUGCAGCAGAGAUGGCGUCCGAAGGGGCCCCUGAAGAGGAAGGUGGCGAGGAGGGAGUACGAGGUUGGUCUCGCUCACGCACGCUAUCCCUGGCAGCUCCUGCGGCUGGAUCGGCAACGCACAGCCCCCGAGAGGGCGGCAACAUUGUCCCCGAAGAACUGCAGCUGGACUACGUGGAGAUCCAGUCCAUCCCGCCAUUGCCGCUGUAUGCGCUCCUGGCUGCCGACAAGCAGCUGGCACCAGGGGGAGCAGCCAGCCGCAAGGAGGCUUCACCUAGCUGUGCAGGAGCAGAUGCCGGUCAGGCAGGCAUCAAGGAAGAGCAGGAAGACUAUAGUGCCUUGUUUGAGACAGCUCCCAAGAAAGAAGAAUCUCUGGACGACAUCCUUCAGGAAGAUGUGCAGCCCAAAGCCAAAAAGACUCGAGAUCGACAAAAGACGGUCGCCGAUAAAGACCCCAAUCACUUUGGAAUGCGCCAGGCUCGUCUGCUGACACAACUGCUCACGCACUGCCACUUGCCCGGUCUAUCCAGUGUAGACCAGAUGCAUCUUCUGGCGCUAGCUGAUACACUGGCCUCCUUCCAUGGGACACUCGCUGAUCGCCUUGACAGCGAAAUUGUGCACACUGCCCCCAAGGAUAAUGUCAGCCGGCAGAACUAUGAAAUGACUAUCCAGGCCACUCCAGACUCCCUGGACGACUGUGGGCUUCGGUACUUCCUGGCGGUGCGUCACCACACGUACUUGUUGCGGUGCCUGCCAUUGGCACAGCGGGCGCAACUGCAACGCCACGGUCUGGGGCCUCACAACUUGGUCUGGGCUUUCCACUCGGAGACUCAAGAGGAGCUCGCGCAACUCAUUCCAGCCCUGCAGAAGCCUACCCUACGUUGGUCUGAGCUUAGGGAACUCGGCAUUGGCUGGUGGGUCCGUUCCAACCAGCUGCUAAGACGUAUCAUUGAGAAGUUGGCCAAAAGUUCCUUCACGGAUAAGCAAAACCCCUUGGAUGCUGCUCUUUACUAUAUGGCAAUGAAAAAGAAAACAAUCCUGGCUGGACUGUUCAGGACUGUGAACGACAAGCGGAUGUCUGACUUUUUCCAAAAUGACUUCUCUCAAGACCGUUGGAGAAAAGCGGCACUCAAGAAUGCUUACGUGUUGCUUGGAAAACAGCAGUUUGAGUAUGCUGCAGCCUUCUUCCUCCUGGCCAAUGCUGUGAAGGAUGCUGUGCAGGUGUGCCUGAGCAAGCUUGAGGACUUGCAGCUGGCCAUGGUGGUGGUACGCUUGUACGAAGGCGACCUCGAUUCAGUUCCCGAGCACCUACGACGGCUGCUUCAACCUGAGGUGUUAGGCCAGCCUGAGGGCGCCGAAGGCACGUCUCUGGAACUGGCCAAUCCAGAUCCAUUCCUGCGCUCCAUGGCACUGUGGCUGCUGCAGCAUUAUGAGGAAUCACUCACCACCCUGCUUCAGACACGUGUGGGGCAGGAGCAUCACACGAUACACCAGGAAACGCAGCAGCUGUCUAGCAGUACAGCUAUGCAGGCUGCAGAUGCCAACGACAAAGGUUCCAUCACGAGUCUUACGACAGCUGAUGACACGGCUGACCCAGGGGUGUUCAACUUCUACCUCUACCUGCGCACACACCCACUGGUGGUGCGACGCAACCUGGCCAAGUCCAUGAGCAUGCGCCGCAAGCAUGGCCGUGCGGUGCUGCUUUCAGGCUUCAAGCCCGGCAGCACAGUGACCAAGACGCUAACACCAGGAGGGGGCACCAGCAGCGACACUAUAACGCCGCUGGAGCGACGACUUUUCACAACAAGCCACGCACACUUCCGUGCGGGUUGCCCACCGCUUGCUCUAGAGGUGCUGUCGCGACUGCCCAACUGCAUUCUUGACGGCAGUAGUAACGCCACAAUCGAAGAAGGCUCUCCUGCCAAGAAAAAAGACUCUAAUGCUGGAACUCCAUCAGGCACCAUCAUCAACGGGCCAGUAAAACAGAGAGCUGAAGACUUUGACUGGAGUCAGCCUGUGGCAAAGGCCCCACAGAAGGCAGAGGACUUUGACUGGAGCCAGCCCCUAAGCACAACUACAGCUGCCACGGAGAAAGCAGAUGCAUUUGACUGGAGCCAGCCUCUCAGCACGGAUAAACCCAAGCACAAGGCAGACAGCAUUGACUGGGAUCAACUCCUGGCCAGCACUGACGCUCCUAAUGUCGAGGACACCAAAGGCUCGAGGCAGUUUGAAGAAGAAGAAACACUAGCCCAAAAUAGGGUAGAGACCCUAGACAUCAUGGCACAGCAACUGAAAUUCAUGGCAUGCCUUAAGAUCAUGAUGGAGGAACUGAGCACCCUGGCUACAGGCUUCGAGGUGGACGGUGGACAGCUGAGGCAUCAGCUCUAUGUCUGGCUCGAACGUUGCGUGGCAGCACUCAAGGAAUUGUGCCAGUAUGGCGCUGCUAUGCAGGCUGCUGGCAGUUCCUCAGUAUCUGACACGUCCAUCCUGCCCGAAGAGGAAGCUGGCGGAAGAGAAAGGGCCAACACUGCUGAUGGGACCCAACCAGGGGCACCAUCUCUGCAUGCCAUCUUGGUCGCAGACAAGCAGGAUUUUGAGGCCAAGCUGGUGCGCGCUGCGCGUCGCAAGCUGUGGCUCAAGGCCAACGAAGCAUUGCUCCGCACUCUACUGUCCUACACUGGCCUUCACGGAGCCCACGGUGGAGGCCUGGCCGCAGUGCGCAUGGAGCUCAACCUGCUAUUGCAGGAGUUGCAGCAAGAUCGUUCCCAACAGCAGUUGCUGUCUCCACUUCCUUUCCCGACAACACUACCACUCUUGGCUGCCAGUGUGGCCUGCCAAAAAACAGUGGUUGCCGAUCCAGUGCGUCUUCUGCAGCUAAUGGCACAUGACAUUUUGCUGACGGUGAUAGACCUGGAAGAGCCCCCUGGUGAAGCCACAAGUGCCAGCACCUUCUCUCGGGUGUCAGUUUUGUGGGACUUGGGCACUUCCCUGUCCGCCUGCAUCUACCAGGCAUUGUGUGACAGCGACAGCUUUGGUCUGAAAGGCCAACAGGGUUCCAACAGGGGACUUGACGUCGAAGACUGUCUCAGCCUUAGUGUGGUGUACCAGAACAGCCACCUCCUAGCUGGCCAUGCCACCAGACGACCUCGUUUGGGCAGCACUGAGGAGCCCCUUUCACCUGCCACACAGCCCAGCAAGUGGCCAGGUGUGCAGUCUCUGCGUGCAUUGAUGGCUCGUGACAAAGAUGAAGACGGGCCCCGGCUGCAUACCUUGCUGUGCGAGUCCUUCGUGGCUGUCUACAUGAGCCAGUUGAUCCACGCCCUGGCCUCGUGCGAUUGCCACGUGCUGUACCGAUUGGUAGGCCAGCGCUUCACCCAGCGCACCUGGUCAAUGCUGUUCGGUGGGGGAGCCAAGAAGCUGCUACGUGUGUCUGCGGGUGGCUCCAGUGGAGCUGUCACGCCAUCAGCAGCGGCUCCUGAAAAGGAGGCAACAGCCACUGUUGAGACUGGCAUUUUUGAUGCCAUCACCCGUCAGCGUGUCAAGUGGAACAUGAAAAUUCUGCCUCAACUGAAAAGCGAAGCUCCACAGGCAAAUGUCCGUGAAGACCGUCCUACAUACAGGGAAAUCUUCGUGCCUCCAAUCAUGUCAAUGAUGUCCUGCUUUAUGUCCAAGCCUACCCUCCCGGAUCAGAUGGUGGCGAUUGACUACGACUCAGCAGCAUCACUCUCCAGCGACGAAGAGGAUGCUGCAGGAGGCCAUGAUGAAGAGAUGGAUGAGGAUGACGUGUUCAAGGACGCAGGCACGACUGAUCAGCAGCGACAACCCUCCCAGGGGUCACGCCUCGAGCAACUGGAUCCUGGUUCAUACGCGUGGGCUCUCAUGCGGUUCGCGGUUGUGAAAAUGGUCAACCACAAUUUACGAGACUUCCUCACUGUGGCUGGCAUCGAGCUGCAAGAGCUCCCGGUGACGAGCCCUCUUCUGCAUGCAUCCCUGCGUGCCAUUGACCACUGGCUGCGGCACCUGCGCGAGUCACUGGAGGCCCAUGGCGGUGCGCCCCCCGGCUUGCUGCCCAACUCGCAUGUCGAGGCUGCCGGCCAGGGUGCCGCACCUGUGCAGGGGCCCCCCAUUCUCAAAUACAAGGUGCUCCUGGAGGUGGACAACACGCCUUUCAGCCGAAGCAAGCACCCUGCAGCCCACCCAGCUCGCAGGCUGUGGAACUACCUGGUGCGGCAAGAGGGAGUCCAGGACCUGUUCAUUCGUUAUAUCUUCUCUCACAAGGUGGUGCCACUGCCAGAUGAAGGACCGACCACUACUCCUGGUGGUGAAGGUGACGAUCGUUCCAUCGAUGGUGGCGUUCUAGAUCCCGUCCGUAUCAUCCAAGAUCAAGAAAGCAUCUCGGCCUUCUGCAUCAGUCAGGUGAACGAGGGAAUUUUGUCUUUGGCGACACCGAAAGAGUUGCAAGAGCUGGACAUCUCUGCUCUACUAGAGCCAGCACCAUGGCUUGAUGACGAGGCAGAAUUUGACAUUCUCACUUUGAACAGGCCUCCAGAGCCCCCAGCAGGGCAAGCAUUGGACUUCCUGGUGGUGCAACACCCGCUGGACCGGCAUAAUGCCUCGGUGGGUUCUGGGAUUCCUGGCGCUGGGUCCUCUGCAUUCACCAGCCCGACGAGCGCCAAUCCUCCCUCAAUGGCACAGACGGGUCGUAGUACCACUAUGAUGAAGGGGCUGAAUUUCCCCGGCAGCACUAAUGCCCACUUCUGUCAGAUUGUCCUCGAGCGAAGCCGUCUCAUGAUCAAGCCGCUUAAACGACAUCGUGUGGACUCAGUACGGCGUCUGGCAGCCCACCCAGUGCUCCCACUCUACCUCUCUGGCUGCCAGGAUGGCUCUGUCACCCUCUGGGAAUGGGGCCAUGCGCAGCCCGUUUCAACACCGAGGCUGGCGGGCACCUUUGCCAAAGUAACCAGCCUGAUGUUCAACCAGCAAGGGAACAAGUUUGGCGUCACUGAUGGUGAUGGAAACCUGAGCCUGUGGCAAGUCAGCAUGACAUCCACAAAUGCAAAGCCCUUUUUUAGUGCAUCAUGCCACACCAAGCAAGCCAGUGACUUUGCCUUUGUGAGCUCGUCUAGUUUGAUAGCGACGGCGGGCCACUCGACGGAAAACCGCAAUGUCUGUCUGUGGGACACGCUGCUUCCCCAACGCAAGGCACUCAUUGCCUCCUUUUCUUGUCACGAGCAUGGUAGUUCUGCGGUGGUGUUCGCACCACAAAACCAACUCCUGAUCUCGGCUGGCAAGAAAGGCGACGUCUUCAUAUUCGACGUGCGGCAACGGCAGCUGCGCCAUAAGUUUCAGGCGCACGAAACGGCCAUCAAGUGCCUUGCCUUGGAUCCUCGGGAAGAAUACUAUAUCACCGGAUCUGCUGAUGGUGACAUCAAGGUCUGGGGUCUGCCAGUUCAUGUGCUGCUGUACGCCUUCCCCAGCGAGCACUCUCGGAGUACGCUGUUCCGGAACAUUGGUAUGGGCGUAACACACCUGCUGACUGAUGCCAAGGGCCGGCUGUAUUCGUGCGGCGCUGACGGUUCCAUGAAGAUGCGCCAACUUCCCGACCGUGACGCUGUGGUAGCCAGCUUCACCUAGCACGACAGCCCAUCACUACGUUUUGCUUCUCUGUCCCUGCACCUUUCAAUGUCUGACAUUGUGCUGCAUUCAGAGUGAUUGCAACGCGAGUUGUGUGGCUUGCAACUGUUAUCACUGGAGAUAGUCGAUUGCUACAAUUAUGUAUCCAUGUUCCAACCAUACCCUGGUCUUGUGUAACCUUGCGAGCCCCAAUAGUUUUCCAGCGAUGAAGCAAAGGGAAGCAGAGAUCUGCUGAGGGCUAGUUCCUGAUAAGAAGCUUUCUCGGCACUCUUUGUGAACCUGUCUCCCCCCCCCCCCCCCCCCACCUUUUUUUUUACUGUGCUCUUAUAAAUAUACAUACCUCUGUUGUUGAAUGUGCAGUGUAGCUGUGAUAAAUUUUUCCCCACUUUCCCGAUAAGUCACAUUUGCCACGUGGUCUUAUUCCAAGUGACAUUCCUCUCAAUGUGCAAAACCAGGGCGCGGCUUCAAUGGGGGAGAUGAAGCCGUCUUGGAUAUACGUUUGUUUUAUGCAAAUUAUGCACUGACUGUUGAUUGCUUGGUUAGCCAUUGUGCGUGGUAGGUGCACGGAAGCUGUUCAAUUGCUAGUCGAAUCAGCGGUUGCGGUUUUUCUCCCAUACUGCAGACAAAGCUGAGAUGAUUAAAUCAAAUGUGCGCAGUCAUUAGUGUAGUGAACUAAAGCACGUUUGUAUAUAUGUAUUUAUGACAUCAAUUUUUGCUUAUGCCAUUGUGUUCUACUUAGCCUUAUUUUUUAGAAGCGACUAUAUAGAGAUGGUGAUGACGGAACGUGCAAAUUGUCUGAAAUAAAAAGUUACAGUGGG